AUGUCCAUCCGAGGCGUCCCGCAGAUCCGCGCGCUCGCGCUGUACUACUGCGACGUCACGGGGUCGUCGAAGGGGGCGAAGGAGUUCGCGCGAAGCGGCCUGUUCGAGGAGUUUCUUCGACGCUCGUCUACGAUCAAGGCGUCGACGAGCGCGUCGUCGGAGGACGCCGAGACGGCGUUCGCGACGUUCGUGAAGCGCGGGAGAGAUCCGCACGUGCGGGCGACGUACGCGAACGGGAACUCGAAGACGGUGGGGUUGAAAAACUUGAGCGCGCUCGAGUGCGAGCGACACUGCGAGGCGUUGGCGAACGAAAAGGGCAAGCCCGGGUCGAGACCGAUGAAAUCGAGACACUUUACAAAGGCACCGAGCGUGCAGGGGCGGUGGACGCCGUUCACGUUCGGGGGCGGGGCGCCGUACGACGCCGCGCCGUGA